GUGCAGCGUCCCCGCCGCAGUAACUCUGUUACAAAGUGCACUUAUUAUUACUAUUACUAUUACGAUUGCUACUGCUACUGCUAUUGCUACUGCUACCACUGCCACUACUCGCGGUUGCAUGCUCCAUUGGAUAUUGCAUUGCAUUGCAUUGUGAUCGCUGGAUAGGCAUGCUGUUUAUUAAUUUACAAGUCCUUCUACUUGAUUCUGUGAUUCGUUUCCGCCGCUUCCCUCUCGGCUCGUCUCUUUCACGCUGCUCUGGGCCCGGCGUGGUGAGUUCACUGUGACGCCAAAAUGAGCAACCUUCAAGAAGACAGUGGCGAGGGCAUUAGCGCAGAUGAGAUUGCUCUUUAUGACCGACAGAUUCGUCUUUGGGGUGUAAAGGCGCAAGAGAAGUUGAGAUCUGCCAACAUACUGCUAGUCACCUUCAAGGCCUUGGCAAAUGAGAUCGCAAAGAACCUUGUCCUUGCUGGGGUUGGUUCUCUGACAAUUCUUGAUCAUGAACCUGUCACAGAGAUGGAUCUGGGGGCUCAGUUCUUUGUGUCCGAGGAAACUAUCGGCCAGAAUCGAGCACAAGCUGCAGCGCCUCAGGUUCGCGCAAUGAACCCCAGAGUUCAGCUUCAUAUCGACACAGACGACGUGCGAGCCAAGUCUCCCGAGUUUUUCGCAGCUUUCGAUGUCACUAUAGCAACCGACGUCGACUUCGUCACAUACACAAGCAUCAAUGCAGCUUGUCGAAUUGCCAAUCGACGCUUCUAUGCUGCAGGAAUCCACGGGUUUUACGGCUACGCGUUUGCCGAUUUGAUUUCCCACGACUUUGUCAUUGAGCGUGAAAAAUCAAAUGUGGCAUCUCAGCAGCAGGAAACGCUUACUCGCUCCAUUGUUGAUAUCACCACCAAACGGGAAAAUGACCGGGUCAUCGAAUUGGUGACCAAGCGCGAAGUCUACUCCCCCCUCCUUCUUGCUAACAGCUCCCCACUUCCGGAAGAAUUCACCCGUGUUGCCCGGAGGAAGAGGCAGGUGACUCCUCUUUUGAGCUGUCUUCGAGCACUAUGGGAAUUUCAGCGAACAUACGACGGCAAAUUACCAAGUUUUUCGCGAUCUGAUCUAGAACUCUUUACUCGACUAGUCAACGAACGACACCGUGAACUCCAACUCGAUAUCAACAUCAUUGACUCGGUAUUUUUGCGAAGCUUUCUGGAGAACUUGGGCUGCGAACUGAGCCCUGUAGCUGCAUUCCUCGGCGGAAAUCUAGCACAGGAUGUGAUCAAUGUUCUGAGCGCUCGCGAACAGCCUCUUCAGAACCUCUUGUUGUUUGAUGGAGAAAGAAACGUUGCUCCUAUUUAUCCCCUCCACCCGAUUUUCUCACCUCGGAUUGAAAACAUGGCGGCAUCAAACGUGCAAACAGCGCUUCCAGUCAUAACUUCGGUCCCGCAAGGCACAGUUGUGGGCCUGUGAUUGGUCACACCUUACAUAUCGUCACGAUACUAAUGAUUUCUCUCACUUCAGAUGAUUUUCCACCAUAUACAGAAGAUGAAUGGAGUAAAGAAGCAGGUACGAAGGAAGGCGGGGAUAUAGAAUUGGCAUGGAUAGAUUGGCGCUCUGGAUGGGUCUUGAUCAAAAACUUCGGGCUUGGUAGCGGUUUGGGCGGCGCUUUAUCUUCUGGUUAUUCUCUAUUCUGUUCUCUGUAGCAAGAAAUCGCAUCUAAGAGUUUCGAGACUUGUCGAUGAGACCAUCAAUACCACGAAAAUUGGAGUUACUGCUUGUGAUUCAGACUCAAAUGCUCCAUGUCUCAUUUAAGGAUAUACGUAGGAGCAAUCUAUAGUUUGAAUUAUGACGACCAUGGUCUUGCUAAAGUUUUUCA